AGGCGCUGAGAGUGAAAUCCACGGUCAAAGUCUUUUCCUAGGUUUCUGUCUUUGCACUUCUUUAAGGGCCCAAUCAAAAGAUGCAACACCAUAAGGAAAAACCUCUCCUUCUGGAUCAGCAACAACUCUUGUCAAUCAGUAUCUUACGGAAGAAAAAUUAAAUCAAUCGAGUUAGUCACUGGUUUCAAAAUUCAUUUGGAAGUUAAAUGGAUCGAGGAAAGAAAUCUGGCACUUCGUUUGCAAACGUAAAUAACAAGAUCUACAUGGACCUCAAAGAUAUUAUUAGGGAGAAUACCCUUCAUUACCUUCCCGCUAAAUCUCUCUAUCGAUGCACUAGUGUUUGUCGGGAGUGGAAGCUUUAUAUCUCAUCUCCUUUCUUUGCUCACAACCAGUCAAAUUUUUUCCAUGAUGCAUCUGGCUUUUUUUGUCAAUCUCAUUCAUCCCUGCCAUCAUUUAUUUCCCUUGACGCAAUGGCAUAUGGGGUUCGAGACCCAUCUUUGAAGUUUUUGCCUGAACCAGUUGACAUCAGGUGUUCUUCUAAUGGACUUCUUUGCUGCCAGGGCCGCACUGGAUACAAAGCCUACUACAUCUGCAAUCCUGUUACCCAGCAAUGGAAGAAACUUCCCAAACCUGAUGCUAACCAUGGUUCUGACCCUGCCCUUGUGCUUGUCUUCAAGCCAUCAUGUCUUAACUUUGUGGCUGACUACAAGCUGAUUUGUGCAUUUCAAUCUGAUCUGGAUGGAUAUGAAUUUGAGAUUUAUUCGUCUGCUGAAGGAACUUGGAGAACUUCUGGUGAGAUUUGCUUCGGCAAUCGGCAGAUCAUUCCCUGUACGGGUGUUUAUGUUGAUGGCACUGUUUAUUGGCAGUCAAGGAGUAUGAUUGUUGCUUUUGAUCUGAAGAGUGAGCGAUCAACUCUCCUCUAUUCCCAUUCCUCUGGUUCUUUGGGUGAGGUGAAUGGGAAGCUGUGUUCUGCUUCCAUAAAAGGUUCAAAAUUAACUGUAGCAGAGCUGUCAAAUGCCUACACAAACACAAUGCAAAUGCAUAGCAAAACAAGAGCAUGGUCUGUGGAAAAUGUAGCUUUAAACAAUUCAGUGUUCACUGGGCAGACUGAUCAGGGAAGAGUUUUGUGUAUUGGUGGUGAAACUGUGAUGAUUUGUUUUGGGAGAACACUCAUUUCCUACAACAUGAAGACUAAAGAUAUCAAACAACUGGCAACUGAGGCAGAUUAUCAUCCGAGGAUGAUUCCCUAUGUGAAUAGCCUUGUUGAGGUAUAGUUUAGUCUCCCUUAGUAAAAAAUUUGACAUUGGGCAGUCAUAGUGUGUGGUCUUGGUUUGGAACUUGAGUUCCGCUCUUUAUAUUCAUCAGAACUUCUUCUUGGGGUGUCUUUGACUUUCUAAUUUGAUAUCUACUUAUAGGCUUGGUCCUUUCAGUUCCAAUGCUACGAAAGUACACUGAAUGUUCUUAUUAUUAUCUUUAAACUGAAUAAUGUAAAUAAUGGUCAAUAUAUUUAUGUAA